AUGGACAACAACAACAACAAAGACCAAGUUUUGGACUUUAUCCCCUCCGAGGUGGCCAAAGAGAUGCAGCUGCGGACCAGGAAGCACGCCAAGUUCGACGAGAUCGAGAAGAAGCUGCCCGACCCGCGGGCGUCGGUGCCGUAUGGCUUCUCCAUCAGCAACGUCCUCAACGAGAUGAGCAUUCGGGUGCCCUUUUCCAAGGCCAUUGCCAAGGGCGACAUUGUUUGGCUCUUUGAUAACACGGCGUACAAGCAACAGCAGCAAUCCCCAUCAGCAUCAUCUUCAUCAUCAUCAUCGUCAGCUCAAGGUGACCACGACAACAACAACAACAACAACACCCCAUGGCAAGCAGAGUUCAUCAUGGCCGUCUUCGAAGACGAGCCAAAAUGCAAAGUCACCGACAUCGUCGCCGGCAUCGCGAGCAUCCUCGGCCUGGCGGACGAAGCGGAGGAGCUCAAGACGAUCGAGCAGCGGCUGCUGCCGUUCCUGUGGGACAUUCGCGCGGGCCGGGCGGCGACGGUGUCGCAGCAAGGGGGCUCGGAGCUGAAGCUGGGGCCGAGCGGGCUCAAUGGCAUUUCGACCAACGUGCUGCCGCUGGUGCACGAUGCCGAGAAGGCGUCGCAUCAUACGAAGAAGGCGACGUGCGACGUCGAGGGCGUGGGGGGCGUCCUGAGCAUGGAGACGCAUUUUGCCGGCCCUGAAGGAUGGGGCAUCAUAUCAGACAUUGACGACACCAUCAAGAUCACCACGACAAGCGACCCCGUCGGCAUCCUCAAGGAAACGUUCAUCAACCAGCCCCGCCCCGUCCCGGGCAUGCCCGAGCUCUACGCGGGCAUAAAGUCCCUCCUCCCGCGCGACACGCCCUGGUUCUACCUGUCCGCCUCGCCGUACAACCUGUACCCCUUCCUCAAGGGCUUCCGCGACGAGCACUUCCCGCAGGGCACCUUCAUCCUGCGGGACUCGAGCUGGAAGACCAUCACGGGCUUGCUCUCCUCGCUGACGAUGGGCACGGAGGAGUACAAGGUGGAUCGGAUGAAGAAGGUGCACGGGUGGCUGCCCAGGAGGAAGCUGAUUGUCUUUGGGGACUCGACGCAGUCUGAUCCCGAGGCCUAUGGCGAGAUUUACCGAAUGUUCCCGGGCUGGAUCCGAAUGAUCUUCAUCCGCAAGGACACCGACUCGGCCGCCAUUGGGCUCGCGGAGAAGAACGAGCCGCAGCGCUUCGAGAAGGCGUUUACCGGCAUUCCCCGGGAUGCCUGGCACGUCUUUGAGGAUCCGGACGAGUGUCUGGACUUGGUCAAGAAUGUGAUCCAGAAGCACUCUUCAAGUUGA